GGGGGAGGCUGAGUUUGGUGCAAGCCACAACAUCCCCCAGACAGCUAACAACUGACUCCACGUCCACAGCUGUCCUUUACAGUUCCCCGUGGCGCAAAUAUUUAAGUCGCAAUAUUUUGCUAAUAUAAAAACGUUAUUUAAUAUAUCUGGCUCGACGAAACUCACGCUAAAUUGCUGUUUUUCUGUCAUUUACGCAGAGAUAUUAAUGAUGAGGUAAGUGCUUCCGGUCGCCAUACUUGUGGUGCUUAACAAUAGCAGCAGCACAGAUAGAACAAGGACCGAUUUCUAAAUAUAUUUGGCAGAAGUGUGCAGAAAUUGUAUGGCAUUGACCUACUUGUGUUCCUUAUUGUGGAUAGCUAUUUAUGUGUAAAACAAAAAAUGUCGAAACGACAUCAUUUGGGAGGUUGUUAUUCAUCGAGUGAAAAGAGGUCAACUGGUGUGCGAGACCGCGACAGGGACCGCAACGAGCGGUCGAAGGACAGGAACAGAGACCGGGAUGCCAAGCCCUCUGGCAUGGCCCUGAACCCGGCUGUUGGCAGCGCAGGCCUCUCCCACAAGCAGACGGCCAUGCAGCAGCAGAUCAACCCGUUCACCAACCUGCCCCACACGCCGCGUUACUACGAGAUCCUGAAGAAGAGGCUGCAGCUGCCAGUGUGGGAGUACAAGGAGCGCUUCAACGACAUCCUGGGACGCCACCAGAGUUUUGUGCUCGUCGGAGAGACGGGCUCGGGCAAGACCACGCAGAUCCCCCAGUGGUGUGUGGACAUGGUGAAGGGGUUGGGCGGACCUAAGAAGGCAGUGGCCUGUACCCAGCCCAGGAGGGUGGCAGCCAUGAGCGUGGCCCAGAGGGUGGCCGACGAGAUGGACGUCAUGCUGGGCCAGGAGGUCGGUUACUCCAUUCGAUUCGAGGACUGCAGCUCGGCCAAGACCUUCCUCAAGUACAUGACAGACGGUAUGUUGCUGCGGGAGGCCAUGAAUGACCCUCUGCUGGAGCGCUACGGCGUCGUCAUCCUGGAUGAGGCCCACGAGAGAACGCUUGCCACAGACAUCCUCAUGGGCGUCCUCAAAGAGGUGGUCCGACAGAGGUCAGACCUCAAGGUCAUCGUCAUGAGCGCCACGCUGGAUGCCGGCAAGUUCCAGGUGUACUUUGACAGCUGUCCGCUGCUGACCAUCCCGGGACGCACGCACCCGGUAGAGAUCUUCUACACGCCGGAACCUGAGAGGGACUACCUGGAGGCAGCCAUCCGCACCGUUAUUCAGAUCCACAUGUGUGAAGAGGAGGAGGGCGACUGUCUGCUCUUCCUCACUGGACAAGAGGAAAUCGACGAGGCCUGCAAGCGCAUCAAGAGGGACAUCGACGACCUGGGACACGACGCGGGGGACAUCAAAAUCAUCCCGUUGUACUCGACGCUGCCGCCCCAGCAGCAGCAAAGGAUCUUUGAGCCGCCACCACCCCGCAAGCCCAACGGAGCCAUCGGGAGGAAGGUCGUGGUUUCGACAAACAUCGCUGAGACAUCCCUGACCAUUGACGGUGUGGUGUUUGUAAUUGAUCCCGGAUUUGCCAAGCAAAAGGUGUAUAACCCUCGUAUCAGAGUGGAGUCCCUCCUGGUCACGGCCAUCAGCAAAGCCUCGGCCCAGCAGAGGGCGGGGCGCGCCGGGAGGACACGCCCAGGGAAAUGCUUCCGCCUCUACACAGAGAAGGCCUACAAGACCGAGAUGCAGGACAACACGUAUCCAGAGAUUUUGAGGUCCAACCUGGGUUCGGUCGUGCUGCAGCUCAAGAAGCUAGGUAUCGACGACUUGGUCCAUUUCGACUUCAUGGACCCACCAGCACCGGAAACCCUGAUGCGGGCCCUGGAGCUGCUCAACUACGUUGCGGCGCUCAACGAUGACGGCGACUUGACGGAGCUAGGCUCCAUGAUGGCCGAGUUCCCCCUAGACCCGCAGCUAGCCAAGAUGGUGAUUGCCUCCUGCGAGUUCAACUGCUCCAAUGAGAUUCUUUCCAUCACAGCCAUGCUGUCAGUCCCACAGUGCUUCGUACGACCCACGGAGGCUAGGAAGGCGGCCGACGAGUCCAAGAUGCGUUUCGCCCACAUUGACGGAGACCACCUGACCCUCCUCAAUGUCUACCACGCCUUCAAACAGAACCAUGAGUCGACACAGUGGUGCUACGACAACUUUGUGAACUACAGGUCGCUGAUGUCAGCCGACAACGUGCGCCAGCAGCUGUCCCGGAUCAUGGACCGCUUCAGCCUGCCCCGCCGCAGCACAGAGUUCACCAGCAGAGACUACUACAUCAACAUUCGCAGAGCGCUGGUCACAGGAUUCUUCAUGCAGGUAGCCCAUUUGGAGCGUACAGGCCACUACCUGACUGUGAAGGACAACCAGGUGGUCCAGCUGCACCCCUCCACUGUGCUGGACCACAAGCCGGAGUGGGUGAUGUACAAUGAGUUUGUGCUGACCACCAAGAACUACAUCCGCACCUGCACCGACAUCAAACCAGAGUGGCUGGUGAAAAUCGCCCCGCAGUACUAUGAGAUGGGAAACUUCCCCAACUGUGAAGCCAAGAGACAGUUGGAGCGCAUCGUAGCUAAACUCUCAACCAAGGAAUAUUCUCAGUACUAACACAAGUGUGUAUGAGAACAAUACCAGCACUAAGGGCAUCUGAACUCUUUAUCUGAGCACUCUUCAUUUUCUUCCAAAGCCUUUUCUUCUCAUUGGUUCAUAAUGUAUUCUUUUCAUACUUUUUGUUUGGGUCUUCCUUAUUUUGACCACCUGUAGUCAUUUGUGAUUAACAGGUGGUUGGCACUGCGGCCGAUCCGGGUAGGAGUUAGCGGUCAACACAGUUACUGCCAUUGACCAUGGUAAAGCAUGACCAUUUAUGUAGAUGUUGACAUUCCUUUUUAGAAAGUGUGAACUCUUACUGAAAUGUACUUAGGUAGAGACAUUCCAUGCUAAUUCAUUGAACCAACUUUGACUUCAAUUUAAGGAAAAAUACCAGCGUGGACGGUUUAGCGCCCACCGUCUUGCUUGUAUAGCUACCAGACUUUGGUGUUAUGUUAGGGGGAGGGGCUCAAUAGGUUGAAAUGUUAAAAACGUGAUUGUCUUGUGUUUUAUAUAUUGUUUUUGAGGUUGGAAUAAUACUGUGAAAAUGAUAAUGCCCUUUUAGUGUAAGAGCUGUUUGAAAAGAGCCUGACAUUUCAGCCUGUUUUGAUGGGAUGGACUUUUGUAAAUGAGUUGAUAGACCAAUAAGAAAGAGUUCCAAACCUCUGCCAAUAACAGCUAGUUUUCUGUUUUCCCUUCGCCACUCAGACCACUUCCAGACAGUCCAAGCUAAGUUAUUUUUUUUAUUUUUUUUAUUUUUGACCAUUUUAAUUGAAAACUAUCACAGUAAGGUACUUAUUUAACAAGAAAGGUUUGAUAUUGAUAUAAAAACAGAUGCAUAGGGCCUUUAAUGUAUGUAAAUGGACACAAGGGAUAUCCCCUUGUGUGAACAAAUGUGAGAUUAUAGUGGUGUGCAGACUGGGAAAUCACCUGGUCAUCCAUUUUAGAUAACAUGAAUAAACUGUAAUAAUUUGUAA